GAAGGGGGGGCGCCGCGAGCCGGUUGCUUCAGCCUCGAAAUCCGGCUCGCGCCGGUCUCCCCUUGCGGGCCGUGUGUAAAAGCGACCGUUGGAGAAGGGCACAGUCGACGGCGGGAGAGAAGGAGGUCUGAGCUGCGCGGGACCGGGUGUGUGACAACUGAGGGAGGCUGAGGCCGGCCCCCAUUUUCACGCCCACCUGACCGCGGGCCGAGGCGGACAAAGUCACGAAAUCGUGGCCGGGCGCUCCCGGCAAAGCCAAGGAACAGAGAAGGAAAUCAAGGGCUACUUUCCAGCCACCCAACAGAUUGGGACUCUUUCUGACAACCAGUUGUAGCCUGGUUCUCUUCACUGAAAACCAGCAGAAUGGAUGAGGAUACUUAUGAAAAAAGAGCCAAAGCAGGCGCCACCACAUCCGACCUGUGCAAUUUGGUGGCCUGGGCCCACACACAUGGAAUGAUUUGCAAAAAAAUGCCGACUUUAGAAGUCAUUCACAACAAGGAGAACGUUCCCAGAGGGAAAUCUGCUCUGUGGCUCUGUGAAGCCGGCCAUGCCUACAACUGGCCCUGUGGACCUCUGGCCUACAAACUCAUGGAAGAACAGGCAUCUUCUCAAGGAACCCAGAAAAGAGGUUCUGCCGCUUCUUUCUGGCAGAAGCAGGAUGACCCAAAGAAGAAAUUCAAGUCGGCUCCAUUGGUUGAGACAACUCACAAGGGCACUGGCUCUAUGGAAUCCCAGAAUCCAUCUAUCAAACAGAAGCCAGAGAGAAGGGCAGAGGUGACCAGCGUACUAGUCCAGACCUCUUCACAGAAAGAAUGUUUGAGCACCGUGACUUUUCAGACCAGCUCCACCAGUUCUCUGCCUUGCAGUGUCAUUCAGAUUCCAAACCAAGAAGUGAGUGCAGGAGCCCAGGGGGUGAAGGCCAGCCAGAACAUCCAAGGGUCCUUUGGAGUCAAGCCGAUGGAUGAGUGCUAUAUAGGAAACCAAGGUGGAGGGCUGAAUCCACAAGUCAUCAUUAUAGAUACAGUAGAGAGUGAUGCUGACAGUGGUGAAAAGGUCCCAGAGAGCCCGAGUAUUGAUUCUGGAGUUCCAGAGAAUAUCUCCAUCUCCCGUCCUCAGAAGAACCCUCCGGAAAGCAACAAGAGCAGGCCGAAACAUCUAGAAGACAACUCAAAAGAAGAUGAUCUGCCAGGGCCAAUGAUGGCCACCAAAGCACCACCACUCCAUUCCAAGCCAAGCGGUUUAGGCUCCAAGUUGCACUGUGGAUAUAGUGACAACCAACCCAGUCCCUCUGGAAUGCGCAGCUCAAAGGACAGUUCUUCGUUCUCAAAGUCACCCUCAUCUCCUCUUCAACCUCACAUUGUGAAGGUCAUUUCCCUGAAGAAUGAACCACAGUGGGCCUCAUGGUUCGACAACCCUGAUGAGGACGAACCCCCGCCGUUACCACUAUCUUGUUUUGGCAGCCUCAGUUCUGACAACAAAGUUUCAGGGAAUGUUUCAACUUCAGAGUCUGCAGGUAAAGCGGCUAGAAAGAAAACUAAAAGCAUGACUGAGAUAAAAAUGUUCAGAGAUUGGCUCAAACGCACUAAGCCUUCCGAAACGCGUGAAAUAUGUACAAUACCCCCUGCUGAGCUCAACCAAUUGCUGAUGUCCUUUUUCAAUGAGAUCCGAAAGCAAAAUGGCACUGAAUUUUCAGCCAGUUCUCUAUAUUUCUUCCAAAGUAGCAUAGAUAAAUACCUCAAGAAGCAAAACUAUAAAUGCAGCAUAAUAAAAGGGCCUGAAUUCCAGGGAUCUCAGAAAAUUCUCAAAGGAAAGGUGCGACAAUUACUCUUUAACGAAAAGCAAAGGGAUUGGAAGAUGCUUCAAAAUUUAACUGAUGAAGACAUGGCCAGUCUUCGGAAGGCAGGGGUAUUGAGUCGAUUGCACCCUGAAGGCCUUCUGAACCUGAUGAUUCUCAACAUCGUCAGAGGGUUUGGUGCUUUACAGUGCUUUCAAAAUGUUACCGUGACUUGGGGCCAAAUUAUCCUGAAAAAACGUGGCAACUUGGAGAUCCUGGAAUGGCAUGGUGAUGAAAACCCAAGUCCGGAUAAGAAGAAUUAUAUCACCGAAAAGCCCGAAAGCCCAGAAGACUGUCCGAUUCUUGAUUACAAGGAGUACUCUAGAAAGAGACCCCUGGAUAUGCUGAGUUGCAACAGUCCAUUCUAUCUUGCUCCCAAGCCUGUCUGCUCAGUCUGUGAUCAGAUCUGGUUCUCUAAGAAAUCUCUUCUCAAAACAAAGGUGAAGAAGUUGUUAAAAACCCUCUUGCAGCAUAUAAAGAGGGGGUUGAGCAAGUAGAACUCCCUCCCCAUGUCUAUGCGUCUGGUUUCUAACAAGAGGAAGUCACUGUGGACUGGCAUGAGUCAAUGUGCACAGUUGAAGUUUAGAAUAAAUAUUCUCUGAUUAGUUGAAGGGAGUCUCCAUGGGCCUAUGGAAAAGAUCGAAGAUGGAAAGAUGCUGGUGAUUAAGUUGAAAUCCCAGAACAAAAAUAGUUAAGCCAUUCCAGACAUUGCUUUAAGUUUUGAAAGAGCCCUGUAACCUCCCUUGCUUAAGUUUCUUAGUGUGAAAGUAGCAAAGUAGAGUUCGACUUAAUUUCUGUUAUUCAUACAAAUUUGUUGUCUUUAUUUAUAGUUUUAAAAUAAAUAUUAGUAAGAUAGGUAAGUAUAAGAAAAGCACUACAAUGAUCUAUAAGCUAGAGAAGGGAAUUCUGAAUAUACCCAAAGACGUAAAUUGUUUACACAGAUGUUUACAAUUUAUUUAAAUAAGAAACCAAGAACAAAGCAAAGAAGCACUGAAAAACAUAUUUUUGAAAUUAAUCACUACUUGUAAGAAUGUUGAAUGUUAUAUUUAUAGUUACUUGAUAUAGGUGGAAUUCUCUUCCAAUCCCAUCAAGGAGAUUGUAGUUCCACCCUUGUUUUCAAAAUAAAGUGUUUUGUCUUUCA